UGAUCAAAUCGAUAAAAGAUUGUCGGUGAUAAUUGUUUCUUCCACAAAUGUUCUGAUUUAAUCGUAGAAUUAGUCUAAAAUAUUAACCAAUCGGGAGCAAGAAAAGAGAUUUCCCCAGAAACGGCAUGCUCCAGAAAAAGGCCGGCAUAUUAGUUUUGAUAGACUAAUUGAUAAAAUUGUACGAAGUUACGACAAAAGAACGUUGAAAUAAUCAAAUAGAUCAGUCAAAAUGGAACCCGAGAAUCUAGACAACUUAAAAGGAAGGAAUCAUCUCUUCAAAAACAAGGGAAAAGACCCAGAUGAAAUGCGAAGAAGAAGAACAGAAGUUACAGUAGAAUUAAGGAAGAAUAAACGAGAUGAACAUAUGUUAAAACGUCGAAACGUACCAGCUCAAGAUAGUACAGAUUCUGAAGAUAGUGAGAAGCCAACAACUCAGUCAUUACAAUCUAUAGUAGCUAAUGCUGCUAGUCCAGAACCUACAGUACAAUUAUCAGCUGUUCAAGCUGCUAGAAAACUUUUGUCAAGUGAUAGAAAUCCUCCAAUAGAUGAUUUAAUAUCUUCCGGUAUAUUACCUAUUUUAGUCGGCUGCUUAGUAAAAGAUGAUAACCCUUCCUUACAGUUUGAAGCAGCUUGGGCGUUAACUAAUAUAGCUUCUGGUACAUCUUUACAAACAAAAGCUGUAGUUCAAGCAGGAGCUGUACCUUUAUUUUUACGUCUUUUACAAUCGGUUCAUUCUAAUGUUUGUGAACAAGCCGUGUGGGCAUUAGGCAAUAUCAUUGGUGAUGGCCCUCAGUGUCGAGACUAUGUUAUAAGUUUGGGUGCUGUCAAACCUUUAUUAAAUUUUAUCAAUCCCACAAUUCCCCUCACAUUUUUACGUAAUGUAGCAUGGGUGAUAGUUAAUUUAUGUCGUAAUAAAGAACCUCCACCACCUGUAGGAACAAUACAAGAAAUACUACCAGCACUUUCCACAUUGAUUCACCAUACAGAUGUAAAUAUUUUAGUUGAUACAGUGUGGGCUUUAUCUUAUUUAACAGAUGGGGGAAAUGAUCAGAUACAGUUAGUUAUAGAUUCUAAUGUUGUACCUUUAUUAGUUCCUUUACUCAAUCAUCCAGAUGUUAAAGUUCAGACGGCAGCGUUACGAGCAGUGGGUAAUAUAGUAACAGGAUCAGAUGAACAAACUCAAACUGUCCUCAGCUGUGAUGCUUUAUCUUAUUUCCCUACACUUUUAACCCAUCCGAAAGAAAAAAUAAACAAGGAAGCCGUUUGGUUUUUAUCUAAUGUAACCGCUGGCAACCAGACACAAGUACAGGCAGUUAUAGAUGCCGGCCUUAUUCCUUUAGUUAUACAUCAUUUAAGUCGAGGAGAAUUUCAGACACAGAAAGAAGCUGCCUGGGCUAUAAGUAAUUUAACUAUAAGUGGUAGAAAAGAGCAAGUCAUGUACGUAGUAGAGCAGGGAGUUAUCCCCCCUUUUUGUGAUCUACUAGGUGUAAAAGAUACUCAGGUAGUCAAUGUGGUAUUGGAUGGUAUCAAUAAUAUUCUUAAAAUGUCAGGUGACGAAGUGGAAUCAAUUGCACAGAUGAUUGAAGAAUGUGGAGGUUUAGAUAAAAUAGAAAAUCUACAGAAUCAUGAAAAUGAAGAAAUAUAUAAACUGGCUUAUUUGAUAAUAGAUCAAUAUUUCUCGGGAGAGGAUGAAGAGGAGAAUUUAGCACCAGAAGUUUCAAGUGAAGGAUAUCAGUUUGAUAUAAAUACACAGUUACCACAAGAUGGAUUCAAAUUUUGACCCCAUUCAGCCGACAACGUGGGAAAAAUGCUCCCCGCUUUUUCGUGGUACAUGCUGUGAAUAUAUUAAAGAAUAAUGUGUAAAACGGGCAGAAAUUACAGUUAUUUAAGAACUGUAAAAGAAACACCUGAAAAUAUGGACUACAAGCAACAUUAUCCAGUGAUUUUAGUAAUACAAAAGACACAAAAACAAUAAGUUAGUUGAAUUGUUGAUUGGUGUUCAGCCAAAAUGGCAAACAACUUUACUCGUGAUAUAAGCAUGAUCGUAUUAGAAAAGCAAAAUAAAUAUUUUAUUUUUUUAUAAAGGGAAAUAAUUUCUGAGAAAGAAACAAUUAAUUCCUAUUUUGCAGCUUGGCUCCAUGGAUGUCGACUUUUUGUUAUUAUAUUUGUUUAUGGGAAUUCAACUUUUAUUAUUGAUAAGAAAAAAUGAUGUGUGUAAAUUCUACCAGUUGAUAAUAUUUAUUGUUUGAAAAUGAAAGUAGUGUAACAAUGUUCAUCUUUAUACCAUGUAAAAAAAAAAACUCAGAGGACAGUUAAUUGGACAUAUUCAAGCUAAACGUUACACCUUGAUCAAAUAAUACUUUUUUUUGAAAAUGGAUUUAAUUACAAGCAGAUUAAAGAUCAACCAUAUGUAAACAUUUUGACUCAGAAGAAUGGAUUUCUGAAUUUAAUUAGAGGUUCAAUAGACUCGCCUACAUAAUUUUGAUUUUAAAAGUUAAUCAAAUAUUUUAGAGUAUCUGUUUCUUUGUCUCGUCGUAGCUAGAAAGCCUUUAUGUAAAAGUUCCUGCUGUUAAAGUUUGUUAUCAAUAAUAUUAAUUCUACAGACAAAUCGAAGUCUUAAUUCUGUUUUCCAUGCAUGUACAUGUUUUUUUUCCGGUUACAUGGAACAGGUCCCAUUAUAAUUUUUGUUAGACCUUUUUUUUUUGCUGUCAAAAAAAUGUGUAAACGGCACGAAAACACAUACAUGGAAAAUGAGCCUUAUGCCCAUUGGUUGAAAAUUUGCAUCCAAUAUGGAUGACCUUUUUGUGUUUUCACUGCUUAUCAUUCUAAAUACUUUCUUUUUGUAUAUUGCAAAUAUUUUUACAAAGAUUUGUUGGGUUUUUGUUUUAUCUAGCAAGGCAGGAAGUAAUACUGCAUGUUACACACCGAUUUUUGCUGGAGUUUGUUAAUCAUUGUUUUCAAGAUAUUUUCCAACAAUCAAAUAAUUUAUUGUACAUUUUUUAAGAAAAGAAAUUUAUGGCAGAAUAGAAGACCUGUGCCGACCAAAAGUGCUUAACUAAACUUCUAGAGAGAAAUAUUUUUAUGUUUGUCAUUUCCAUUCACAAUAUCUUGUACAUGUAAUUACACUUCAAAUCAAAAGGACGUAACUGAAAUGGCGUUAUUUCCCUUUUGGCCAUGGGAGAGUUUAUUUUUGGGUCAGUUGGGGAAGGUGAGAAAUCCCUACACACCUGAGUUAGACAUCAGAAUUCCCGAUAGAUCAAUUUUCCGAAUGAAAAUGACCAACCCAACGACCCUAUAAAUAGACAUUGCAUCCUGACAUAGAUUUAUCAAUAGCUUCUUUUAAAUUAUCAAUAGCUUGUAAAUUAAAGAUGCAUUAUGUAAGAGUUAGAUAAAGAGCUGACCAUGAUCUUGCUAUUAUAGUUCAAAAAUAGAUAAUGAAAAAUCAAUUUAUUGAAAAUUUCAGUCAAAUGACUUUAUUCUGAUCGGAGUUAGAUGUAUGACUGUUUUAAGAUACAGCAUAGAUUGGUUAUUAUCGUAGCAAUGGUUAUUGACAAAACUAAAUUUGAUUAUCCAUUUUAUCUUUAAAUUUUUAAAUCUUGUUUGUUUUAAUCCAUUUAAAUCUCAACCAUCCGAUGAUCUAAAGUUAAUUAUAAGUUUGUCAUGUGAAUAAAUAUCUAAAUAUUUAUAUAACAUUUGAAGCUAAAAUAAAGACCUGCAAUAGACAGUUUUAGCUCUUAACAUAAUGCAUCUUUCAAGGAGGGAUUUAGCUCUUACAUAAUGCAUCUUUAAUCUGAGAUAAAACAAAAUGCAUGAAAAAUUGACUAGAGUUAAUCCAAAUGCUACCCUUUUCUGUUGAUAUUUCAUUUAUAAUAAUUUCACAAAGUUUUCAUGCUUUAGACUUGAAGGGAAUGAUGUUUAAUUACAAAUAUUAAUAUGCUCAAUAUGUUCUCUUUUUAAUAGUCCUUUAGGCUAGUGUUAACAUUCCUUGUGUAUUUAGGUGGGGAGGGGGCUGGAGGAUGGUUGGGUGGUAGCAUGCCCUUUAGAUCAUCAAGAUCAGUCAUUGAGUCAAGUGGCUUGGUUUGAUCCCAAACUUGAAUGUGAUAAUGAGUCACAUCACCUGUCUAGCCUCAUGGGUUUUCUUUGCGUUCCCCUGUUUCCUUCCACUGCUAAAGACCCCUACACGCAAACGAAUUAUUGAAAUAAAAUUGUACUGUAUGUUAGUAACAAAAUAGGCUAGUUUGUGUCAAAUGGAUGUUAAACCCCAUUUAUCUCCUUGUGUUUUGAUUAAGGAAGUUAUUUAUAUGGGGACAAACAAGUACAAGGAGUGAACCACUACCUGGUUCCAGUGAUGUGUACAACAAACCAAAAUCUGCGUCUCUCUGCUCAGGUCUAUUGGUGAUACAGCCAUCAUGGUGAUACAGCCAUCAUGGUGAUACAGCCAUCAUGGUGAUACAGCCAUCAUGACUGGAUAUACAAUUGAUUUAGGUUCAGACAUGAUAAAAAAAAUAGAAAAGAUCCAAUUGGUGUACUUAAAGAUACAAUAUGGAAGAUAAGAUAAAUAGCUGGCAGUUCUCAUAAUAGUUAUAAACUAGAUAAUUGAAAGGGAAUUUGCUGAAAAUUUCAGUCAAAUUGAUCCAUUCUGAACCGAGAAUUUAGCAAUUGAAUUUUGGGCCUACCCACGAUCAUUACUAAAGUCGGUACGAUGAAAAUGUCUUCAGAAAUUGGGUUGAUUCAUAUAUUAAAAAUUCAAAAGCUGGAGGAUUAAUUCAUAUUAUUGUUAGUAUAGCCCACACUAAAAUGUAAACAAGUUUUCAAUUGAUCAGAUCUUUGUAAAUUUUUAUAUGGAAGUGAAUUGCACUGUUUAAUCUGAUAUACCUUUUAGAGAUAUUGUAGUUUGCAAGUGAUUUACAAUCACUCACAUGGCGAGCAGAGGCUGUAGAGCCAAAUGUUAGUUCAUUAUGUGUUAGUACCUUAAGGAAACCCAAAGAUUACUUUGUGUAUAAUUCAAUUCUUUGAUAUUAAGAGGUUGUAUUAAAUGUUUUGUUCAGAUGCAUUGUUUGCUGGACAGAAGCUGUUUAGCCUUCCCUAGAUAUAUCUUGUAUAUGUAUGCUGCCUUUUACACAUAUGAGAAUUUCUCUCAGAAAUGUUCAUUUAAUGUUUAAUGACCAAAGAAGCACAAACCUUGGUAGCCUUAAAUCCAUCCAAUAGGUUAUAAUCUCUUGUAUGUUAAAUGACUUUUUUCCAGCCACAAGUCUAUGAUUUGCACCAGUUGGAGUUAAUCAAAAGAGACCUAUUGAUCAGGGCUAUGGAGUUCACAUUAACUAUAGCUUAGGACAAAAAAAAUAAAUGUUUUAUCCAAGGGACAGUUUCACAAAAUGGUAACAAAGCAUUAUUAUCAUGCAGGCAUUUCGAGUAAAGAUUAAAAAAAUCAUUAGUCAUGUGUGCUCCUGGAAAUUAAAAAAAAUAUUUGGGCUUUGUUGUCAAUGUUGUGCUCUGUUGGUCUAAAUAUCCUGCAUUCACAUAAUAUUAUGUACAUAAUGUGUAACCAAAACAAAUAAUUCCUCUUUUAAAUAUGCUGGUCAAGUCACGAGUUAGAUUCUCCAUGUCAUGUGAUGACUGUAACUCGGAUGACGUUAAAAUGAAUACGUAAAACGUGUGUUUAUUCAAAUAUUAAAACUCUGCAGAGCUUCAAAAAAAAAAAAGAAGAAAGGUGGGAUAAUUCCAUGAUAGUUUUUCUUUUUUUUACACUGUUUUUGUCUGUGAUACUUUUGAAAAGUGGCUUAAAUGUUGACUUCUUAAAAAAUUAAGAAGAAUUGAAAAUGCCAUCUUUCUACGAAAAAUAAUCUGAAAGUCCUACAAAUUACUUGCUCAUUUAUAUGGUACUCGGAACUUUUUAGUUGGCUCUGCAGUUUUUUACCAAAGGAGAUAUUUCUCGAUAUAUUUUAUGCAAAUGUUAAAUUAAAUCUAGUUUUAAAGAUAAAACGAACCUCCUUGAAAGCCAGCUUAGUCGAAUAAAAGAAGGGUUAUUUAACAUUGUUUAUAGGGUUGUUAUAACACCUUUUAUUGUGGUGACUGUAUUAUUUCCAUAAAUAUCAUCUUAACAUGAUCAAAAUAACACAGCAAUAGUUAGCGUGCUUGAUGAUACAGAACUCGUUUUUCUGCAGAGAUGGGGUUCAUUUUUAUAGGGAAACCAGACUUGCAUUUAAAGAAAUUAAGAAUUAAGGGUUGUAUCUCAACUUGUUUAUUGGGUUAAAGGCCUAUGGUCCAAUGCAAGAAAACCUUAAUUCAAAAUAUUUCAACAACUUUUGAUUGUUUCUUACAGGGGUAAAGCUCUUGAUUAAGACGAUAUAUCAUGUAGGCACUCUUUUGCACAAGUGAAAACUAUCUUGCCCAUUUAAAGUUGUUAUUCUUCCAUUUGGACCUGUAGGCCUAUAAAUUGAUGGAAUCUGAAUAAAUUCAUCAAGUUUGCCUAAUGUGUAGUGUGUACUUUGAUUAUGACAAGAUGAAUAGAUAUUUCAUAAAAUAAAAGGUGAAUAAUACCCAAGUAUGGUUAAAUUUACAAAUUACAAAAAAACUUGAAGAAAAAUGUAAAAUAAAAAAAAGCAUUUAAAAAUAAA